ACAAACCGCCUAGCUCUUGCGUUCACGUUCUUGCCCAGCUCUUCAGAACCACAUGAAACAGUGAGUUGAGGAAAUAGCUCUUUAAAGCCAGCACUACCUUUGCUUUCUUCAUGCUUUGGACUGGAGGCAUGCAUCUGAAACACACCGAGGAGGGCUUUCCUCCAUAUGUCCGUGUGUCAAAGGAAACCCGGUGUGGCGUGAGGGGAAAGGAAAGUGCGCACAAGAGUCAAGGAGUACCGGAGUGUCCGGGAGAGGAGGAAGGGGACGAUUAGCGGAAAACAAGAAGAAAGGAAAGACACCCCAACCACCAACUACAAACAUGAGUUUGCCAACUAACUGUGUGUAUCUGUCCCCCUCGUUCCAGGACCGGUACUUGAAAAUGCGCAAUGGGAAUAUCGGCGGUUCACCGUGUGCUGUAAAUAGACCCAUCGAUAUCGUGCAGAAACGAAGACGUUUUGAUGUGGAGAAUGGCCUGUCAGUGGGUCGCAGUCCUCUGGACGCCCAGACCAGCCCGGGGUCUGGUCUGGUCCUACAGUCCAAUGUCCCUCACAGUCAGCGCCGUGAGUCCUUCCUCUACCGCUCCGACUCAGAUUAUGACCUCUCUCCCAAAACCAUGUCACGCAACUCAUCCACGGCCAGCGACUUGCAUGGAGAAGACAUGAUAGUUACCCCAUUUGCACAGAUUCUUGCCAGUCUACGAACAGUGAGAAGCAAUUUUGCCGUUCUCACACAUUUGCAAGAUCGUGUGGGAAACAAGUGGCCGCCAAGCAGUAAUCAGCCACCCUUGUGUAAGCCAUGUCACGCAGAGGAGCCUUAUCAGAAACUGGCAGUGGAGACUCUGGAGGAGCUGGACUGGUGUCUCGACCAGCUCGAGACACUUCAGACCAGACACUCGGUCAGCGAGAUGGCGUCUAAUAAGUUUAAGAGGAUGCUAAACCGAGAACUGACUCAACUAUCGGAAGCCAGUCGCUCAGGGAAUCAGGUGUCAGAGUUCAUCGCCAAUACCUUCCUUGAGAAACAACAUGAUGUGGAAAUCUUGUCUCCGCCGCCUAAGGAGAAGGAGAAGAAGAAGAGGCCCAUGUCACAGAUCAGUGGUGUGAAAAAGGUCACACAGAGCCCCAGCCUUGCAUCUACCUGCGUCCCUCGUUUUGGAGUCAACACCCCACAGGAGAAUCUGCUGGCCAGCGAGAUUGAGGACCUUAACUGUUGGGGUCUGGAUGUAUUCAAGAUAGCAGAACACUCUGGAAACCGCCCUUUGACGGUUAUCAUGUUCUCCAUCUUCCAGGAGCGAGACCUUUUAAAAACGUUUAGGAUCCCGAUUAACACCUUCAUCACCUUCAUGUUGACCUUAGAGGACCAUUACCAUGCUGAUGUAGCUUAUCACAACAACAUCCAUGCAGCUGAUGUUGUGCAGUCCACACACGUGCUCCUGUCUACCCCUGCUCUAGAGGCUGUAUUCACAGAUUUAGAGAUCAUGGCUGUUUUGUUUGCCAGCGCCAUUCAUGAUGUUGACCACCCAGGCGUCACGAACCAGUUCCUAAUAAACACAAGUUCUGAGUUGGCAUUAAUGUACAACGAUGCCUCAGUGCUAGAGAACCAUCACCUCGCUGUGGGCUUCAAACUGCUCCAAGAGGACAACUGUGACAUCUUCCAAAACCUCAGCAAGAAACAACGUGACUCCCUCCGCAAGAUGGUGAUAGACAUGGUGCUAGCCACAGAUAUGUCCAAACAUAUGAACUUCUUGGCAGACAUGAAGACAAUGGUGGAGACCAAGAAAGUGACCAGUUUAGGAGUUCUGCUGCUUGACAACUAUUCGGACCGAAUCCAGGUUCUUCAGAACAUGGUUCAUUGUGCCGAUCUGAGCAACCCAACCAAGCCUCUGGAGCUUUACCGUCAGUGGACGGACCGCAUUAUGGUGGAAUUCUUCACACAGGGAGACAGGGAACGCGAUAAGGGCAUGGAGAUCAGUCCCAUGUGUGACAAACACAACGCCUCCAUUGAAAAGAGCCAGGUGGGCUUCAUUGACUACAUUGUCCACCCUCUGUGGGAGACCUGGGCGGACUUGGUGCACCCUGAUGCUCAGGACAUCCUGGACACCCUGGAGGACAACAGAGAGUGGUACCAGAGCAUGAUCCCACGCAGCCCCUCACCUUCUAGUCCCGACGAGUCCCACGACGAGCUCCGACCGGGAGGAAGUCUGGAAGGGCCAAACCCUUCAACCGGGGUGGGCGGGGACAAGUUCCAGUUUGAACUGACACUGGAGGAAGAGGAGGAGGAGGAAUUGGAUUCUGACCUAGAGAGUCCACUCGAGGAUGACCCCCAGUUGGGGAUGGAGCGGCACCAGGACUCGUCCUCCCCCUCGAUAUCCCCAGACCCGCGCAGCAGGUACCGCCCUCCUUCACCUCAUCUGUCACGGCCCACCAGUCUGACGCUGCAGAGCCCACACCCUCACAGAACGACAACCUCGCCCAGCCAGGAGGAAGCUAAAAGUGAGGAUGACAGUGACCCCUAUCUGCAUGAAGGCACAUAACAACCAGCACAACCUGCCUUGCCAAAGAGACAAACAGCAGCACUGAGAGGAAGGCAGGGCAGGCCCUUACCUACCAAAAGUCUGUAAAAUCACCGCAGUCCCUUUACACUGGAGACAGCCUCUCUGUAGACAGAGGGGUGAUCCCCCUCUUUUUAAUUUCAUAUUUAUAUUGGCCUCUCUUUGGGUUCCUACUAAGUCUGUUUUUUCCCACCCUGGUUUGGGAGCUUCAAAAAGAGUGACUCCCUCCCAAAACAAAAGGUAACAGAGAUGUCUUCCUCUCAAAUAACAAACUUUUGGAUGUGAGCAAGUGAGAGUUGCAGUGGUAUGACAGGGUCUUGGAAAUUAUUUUGCACCAUUUUAAAACAGAAAAACCGUUAUCUAAUCUUGUGAAAAUCUGAUUUUUAUUGAAAGAGUUUGAGGUGAAUUGAUGGACCUAAACCUCAGGGUAUGAAGAGAAACAAAAUGAAUGUAGCAUGGAUGUUGUUGUUGUGCAUACCCUAAAGUCAUUCUUAUUUACCUCUAUCUACACAUGACUGGUACUUGUCUAACCAGUUGAAACCCUUUAAAUUGGGCACCGAAAGCAAUCAAAUAAUAGACCAGCUUGUACCGCCACAGAUUGAGCACUGAAGACACCACCUGUAGUCUAAACUGCAUCCCUUUUUUUUUUUUUUCUUUUUUUUUUUAACCUGAUAUUAAUUUAUAUGGUGCCCUUUUUUCAAACUUAUGAUGUAACAAUUUUUGAUCAUCCAUUUGCUGGUCUUUAUGUGGUGAAAAUCUUUUUAUUUUAUCAGGAUGCAUCCAAUCCUCAGUAGCACUUUACUAUUCCUGUCGCUUAGCUCUUCGAAGGCGUUACAAAGGGCUUCACCUACUGUAGGCCUACACUUCAUAAAUGCAGUACAAGUUACCUAAAGAUGGGAAGGAAACCAUUCUGUUGAUUUGGAAGUUAAACUAGAUUGAACAUCUCUACAGUGAGUUCUAGGUUAAAACACGUUUUCAGGCACAAGAAAGAUAAAUGUCCCAUCUAUGGAAAACAUGAACCAAAAGCUUUUUCGGACAAGCUUUGAUGACCUUCACCAAGCGUGAGCACAGGGCAGUAUGUGUCUUAAAUAGGGAUGCGUAUUUGACAACACUUCCUUGAUUGGCCAAUCAUAAAAUAAAAUAAUAAAAUAACUCAGUGUUAUCCUUGGUCUGUCACUUGCAGGUCCAACAAAAGUUGGGGGGUUGUGGGGGGUCCUGGGUCUUACCCUUUAUUGGAUUCACCCCUCCACAAAGUUGAUCAAUAUAUACCUUUUUCCAACCGAUCCGUUUUUUCGUAAUGAGGUAAUAUUGUAGUUUUGCUCAUGACAGCUGAUUGCAUGAAAAUACCAAAAACUCAAGGAUAUAUGUCAGUUUUUCUUCCUUGUGGGCCUGCCAGUCCUUAAACCAUCAUUUGAAACUGGUGCAAAUAUAGUCCAAAAUAUUUGAUCAGUGACUCAACUAUAACUUUGCUUCUAUUUUUUUUUUAGAAAAUGUAAAUUUUUCUUUGUAAAUUGAAAAGAAAUAAGUAGCAUACAUUUUAAAGAUUUUCAUUGGAAAAUGAAUACAAUGUACUUUUUCAGAAGUUCUGCGGUUUGCUCAGGCAUACCAACGAUAUUUGCAAAUUCAGAAACAAAUUAAAACUGCUUAUUACAAACGUAAAAACAAUGCACAUCAGAAACUAAUGCAGCAACAUUGGCGAUUCACAGAGUCACUGCCAAAACAUUUGGCUUUCAUUCUUUCAAAGUUGAAUUUAUAUUUGCCCUCAAUGCUUAAAGCUUGGUGUUUUUGCCUUCACAUCUUAACUAAAUUCACAACCACAGUGCCUGAUUUGUCAGUGAAGAAUCAAGUCACCUCAAUUGUUUAUUGCUUUAAAAUUGUUUUCAUCAGCGCUGCACAUAAAUCAAGCCCUCUUCAUGUUAAAGGGACCCGAUGACUGCUGAUCCUUUAAAGAGUUUUGUAAGCAUGACUAUGAAAAGAAUCAGCCCAUCACUAUUUCCAUUUCACAUAGAAAAGGCAGGACCAAGGUUCAUAAAACAAACCUCAAAUAAAUUAAUGUCCUUAUUACGAUUUAAAUGUUGGUUCUUCAGCCCAUAUCCAGCCCACAAGUAGCCUACAGAAGUCAACCCAGAAGUCACUGAAACUAUUUGGAAGUGCUAGACUGUGAUAAUUCUGUGCCAGAGAGGAAGAAGAAGAAGAAGAAAAAAAAACUGCCAGCCUACAAUGCUACAUUUUUUUUACACUAGAGAUUUUAAAUGAUUGUAUCAAAUUCAUUAACUUUAUAGUGAUAGUUUCUACCAAUGAUAGCUCGACUGUAUUUAAAAUUGGCGAUUAGUUUUUGUGCAACUUAGAUGUGCUCCGACUUUCUAAUCUGAUAGUUGAGACUGUGUAGUUUGAGGACUCCUCCUGUCUCUUUGUGUACCAAGUGUGUGUCCAUUCUGUAGAUGAGCAUUUGUGGCCAACAGAGAUUUGGGGGAGGUUAACCAGCAUUACACACAUUUUAGUGCACUUCCUGGCCAGGAAACAGUAGUCGCAAAGUAUGUCAUGAAAACAGUAUGCUUUAUUGAUCAGCCUUUUUAUUGAUCAUGUGAUUUAGGAUGUUGGCCGUGAAAGUUAAAGGAUCAAUUUCCUUUUUUUUUGACACACGACCCACUGGAUGUUAAAAUAGAAAUACUGUAUGACUAUGCUCGUGCGUUUUUGCUUACCCACAACUGCAACUGUAGGGUGAACCUGAAUCAAUUGACCACUUUUAAUAGUCAAAAACAAACAAACAUUUCAGUCUGGCUUUCAUCAAGUCAAAUGGAAAGAAUGGACUGAAAGGCUGGUCAGUUAAACUCAGCACUGCGGUUCUUUACAUGUAAACACUAGUGCCAAAAAGUAUUAAAUGUGUUGUUGCUCACUUGUGUUGAGCCCAUGCUGCCAUCAUGUUAUUAAUGUUGCUCAGGCUAUGUCGUGCAAACUUCUCUAAUGCUAUUUAUUCUUCAUAAGUCUGUUGAGGGAAAAGUACUGUUAAAAAAAACAAAUGUUGACCAGGAAUAUCUUAUGUUGAGCCUAAAGAUCACAUAAGUAUGUAUACAGCUGAUCUGCCACUCACAUUUUUGUCAAAGAAAAAUUUCUCACUUUAAACCAAAUGAUGGUCAGGAGUUUAGGGUGUUUUCUGGGGAAAAUGCCAAUAAA